GGCUUUCGUAGCUCCGCGAAUGGUAGCCCUUGUCAAACACUGUUUGUGUGGGUUUUCUACCGGUUAGCAAAUUAUCAUCCAUUUCCGGGACCCAGUAGGGGCUUCAAAAUGGUCGAGGCUUGCGAGGAUGUAGAGAGCUGAGGUAAAAUGAUAGCGCCUCGAAUAGUCAAAAUCGCACGAUGGACAGCGUCAGAGGCAGAAAAGACCUAGAAUGGCAGAAUACCUACCUACAAAAGGGGACUGAAUCCCACUUGGUCAAGUCCUGUCUGUGUCGGGCUCGGGUAACGGUCAGCAGAGUAGUUCCUCAUCUCACCCUCGUCACUCUUUUGAAUUAUCACCAUCAUCACGAUGAAGACCUUGGGACUUUUCGCUCUCUCGGGCGCUGCCCUCUUACAAGGCGUUUCAGCUGCUUGUUGUCGCAGUAAUACGUGCUUGAAAGCGGUUGCCCUCGCCGACACCGGACUUGCCGAUUGCUCAGCAAACCUCGGCACCGUCACCGUGACUUCCACCGCGGCCGCAACUACCUCCACCGAAACGGUAACUACCACGGUGGACCAGGUCACCGAGUUCACUUCCACAACUUUCGAUCUGUUCACCGAAACUACCACGGAAACCGGAUUGACAGAGACCCUCUUUCACACGGAAACGGUCACAUCCACCGGACCGGUCCAGACGGACACGGUUACGCGCACCUUGACUCAAACCCUCACCACCACCUCGACUGAGCUGGCCCCCGGUGUCACCUCAACUGCAACAUACUAUCUCGCCGAGCCGACCGUCUUCCGUCGGACGGUUGUUGCUGCUCCCUCUACCCUGCCUGAGUAUGCGUCGGCCGACUGUGCCGACUGGACCAAGUAUGUCAAGGCAUGCAAGUGCGUGGGUGUCGAGUUGGCCACCGUGACGGUAACCGUCUCCGCUGCCGUCGAGACCGAAAUCGUGACUGUGAUGGUUCCCGGUGAGGAGGUGACAGUUACCGUCCCCAUGACUGUUUCCAGCACCCAGACCGCCAUCGUAUCGGCAACCGCCACCGACGCAAGAACCGUGACCGAAACCGUCACAGAUGUGCCCGACAGCGUCACCGUCACCGAGACCGUCUCCGCCACCUCCACCGUCACCGUGACCACUACGUCGACGCCCAGCACCGUUGUGCCGCUUACUUGCCAGCCUACAGGCUACAACUUCCUGGUUUCCACGCCAUAUACUUCUGCGACGUCGGGGGUGAAGAGCUUGUGGCUAUGGGGGCUUCAAAACCAAGUCCUCUGGGUAGGCUACGGCGGCACAGGAGCCCCCACGCAGCUGGCGGCUAGCUGGACUCUGGACAGCAACGGUUCUGUCCAAGGGCGCGGCACUAACAGCAUCCUGUAUGUCUCGACCGGUAGUUCGGCUGCCUCGGUGCAGGUCAAGAUGGGCGACAGAAACUCUGUUGACGCCGGCGUCGCGGCCGGUUCGAUGGCUAGGAUCAAGGGCUGCGUCGACGCAAGCACUGGGCGAUUUACCGUCUCGGCGGAUGGACGGCACAACCUCGUGCAGUGCGGUUCUCAAAUAUUCAUCUCCAGCGGCAACGGGUCCGAUGCGGGAAGCAAUUGCAUCCAGGCCACUCCCACGGUUACUCCUGUCUAACCAGUCUGGAUUUCGGUUGGUGUCCGUCAUGGAGAGAUGGACGGAUGUCGCCUGGCCCCGGUGAGGCUACUCUAGCUCAUCAGGUCUGCAUGCCCGAUUGUCUGGUCAGAAUGGCGGGGAACUGACGAGUACGGGGUCAAUUAUCCUGUACCUUGGUCCAUCCUAAAUCCCAUCUGGCUUGUGUUGGUUAGCUAUGGACUGCUGCUCGUCUUGUUUUCUUUAGUUACCUCACUUACCUAAUUUAAUGCCAACUCUUAUCAACUCAUAGUGCCUUUGGAAGAAAUAAGUCACCUAAAUUCAUAAGCAGUGAACUGCCCGAAAGAGGGGAUGAGAACCAAUGCGAGGGAUU